CCUCACCCGGGACUGACUUCAACUAUGGUGCGGACGAGUACGACGCCGAGGGCAACGAGGAGCCCAAGGCGCUGCCAGAGGGCUCGGAAACCAUGCCCUACAUCGAUGAGUCGCCCACCAUGUCCCCCCAGCUCAGCGCCCGCGGCCAGGAGAGCGGGGACGGCGUCUCGCCCACACCCACCGACGGCCUCGGCACAGGGGGCGAGCGAGAGGCUGGCAAAGGCCUGGAGAUGCGGAAAUUGGUGCUCUCAGGUUUCCUGGCCAGUGAGGAGAUCUACAUCAACCAGCUGGAGGCCCUCUUGUUGCCCAUGAAGCCACUGAAGGCCACGGCCACCACGUCACAGCCUGUCCUCACCCUGCAGCAGAUCGAGACGAUUUUCUACAAGAUCCAGGACAUCUAUGAGAUCCACAAGGAGUUCUAUGACAGCCUAUGCCCAAAGGUGCAGCAGUGGGACAGCAACGUCACCAUGGGCCACCUCUUCCAGAAGCUGGCCAGCCAGCUGGGCGUCUACAAGGCCUUUGUGGAUAACUACAAAAUCGCCCUGGAGACGGCAGAGAAGUGCAGCCAGAGCAACUACCAGUUCCAGAAGAUCUCUGAGGAGCUGAAGGUGAAGGGCCCCAAGGACUCGAAGGAGAGCCACACGUCCGUCACCAUGGAGGCGCUGCUGUAUAAACCCAUCGACCGGGUGACGCGGAGCACCCUCGUCCUGCACGACCUCCUCAAGCACACCCCAGCCGACCACCCUGACUACCCACUGCUCCAGGACGCCCUCCGCAUCUCGCAGAACUUCCUGUCCAGCAUCAAUGAGGACAUCGAUCCCCGGAGGACAGCGGUCACCACCCCCAAGGGCGAGACCCGGCAGCUUGUCAAGGAUGGCUUCUUGGUGGAGCUGUCGGAGGGCUCGCGGAAGCUGCGGCACGUCUUCCUCUUCACCGACGUGCUGCUCUGUGCCAAGCUGAAGAAGACGGCGGUGGGGAAGCAGCAGCAGUACGACUGCAAGUGGUACGUGCCCCUGGCCGACCUGGUGUUCCCCUCGCCGGAGGAGUCGGAGCACUGCCCGCAGGUCCACGUCAUCCCUGACCAUGAGCUGGAGGACAUGAAGAUGAAGAUCUCAGCCAUCAAGAGCGAGGUGCAGAAGGAGAAAGCCAACAAGGGGCAGAGCCGGGCCAUCGAGCGCCUCAAGAAGAAGAUGUUUGAAAACGAAUUCUGGCUGCUCCUCAACUCGCCCGCCAUCCCCUUUCGCAUCCACAACCGCAACGGGAAGAGCUACCUCUUCCUGCUGUCCUCUGACUACGAGCGGUCCGAGUGGAGGGAGGCCAUCCAGAAACUGCAGAAAAAGGACCUCCAGGCCUUUGUCCUGAGCUCAGUGGAGCUCCAGGUGCUCACAGGAUCCUGCUUCAAGCUACGCACUGUCCACAACAUCCCGGUCACCAGCAACAAGGAUGAUGAUGAGUCCCCUGGGCUCUACGGGUUCCUGCACGUCAUUGUCCACUCUGCCAAGGGCUUCAAGCAGUCUGCCAACCUUUACUGCACGCUGGAGGUGGACUCCUUCGGCUACUUCGUCAGCAAAGCCAAGACCAGGGUUUUCCGGGACACCACAGAGCCACAGUGGAACGAGGAGUUCGAGAUCGAGCUGGAGGGCUCCCAGUCCCUACGCAUCCUCUGCUACGAGAAGUGCUACGACAAGACCAAACUCAACAAGGACAACAAUGAAAUCGUGGACAAGAUCAUGGGCAAAGGGCAGAUCCAGCUGGACCCUCAGGCCGUGCAGACGAAAAACUGGCACAUGGAUGUGAUUGAGAUGAAUGGGAUCAAGGUGGAGUUCUCCAUGAAGUUCACAAGCAGGGACAUGAGCCUGAAGAGGACCCCAUCCAAAAAGCAGACCGGUGUCUUCGGGGUCAAAAUCAGCGUCGUGACAAAGCGCGAGCGCUCCAAGGUGCCUUACAUCGUGCGCCAGUGCAUCGAGGAGGUGGAGAAGAGGGGCAUCGAGGAGGUCGGCAUCUACAGGAUCUCUGGCGUCGCCACUGACAUCCAGGCCUUGAAAGCUGUCUUUGAUGCAAAUAACAAGGACAUCCUGGUCAUGCUGAGUGACAUGGACAUCAAUGCCAUCGCUGGCACGCUGAAGCUGUACUUCCGUGAGCUGCCCGAGCCCCUCCUCACUGACAGACUCUACCCCGCCUUCAUGGAGGGGAUUGCCCUCUCAGAUCCUGCUGCCAAGGAGAACUGCAUGAUGCACCUUCUCCGCUCUCUGCCUGACCCCAACCUCAUCACCUUCCUCUUCCUGCUGGAGCACUUGAAAAGGGUGGCUGAAAAGGAGCCUAUCAACAAAAUGUCUCUCCACAAUCUGGCCACGGUCUUUGGGCCAACACUGCUGAGACCCUCAGAGGGGGAGAGCAAGGCACACCUCACCUUGGCCUCCGACAUCUGGUCCCACGAUGUGAUGGCCCAGGUCCAGGUCCUUCUCUACUACCUGCAGCAUCCUCCCAUCUCCUUCACUGAGCUGAAGCGCAACACACUUUACUUCUCCACGGACGUGUAGCCUGCAGGGACAAGGCACCAGCUGCAAACACUCCCAGCUCCCUGCUGGGGGACACGGACUGGACCACAGCUCCCAGGGAGCCCAGCCCGGACCCAGGACGGUGCCUCCUGCAGCUCCUGUACAAUCGCGUUCCAGGGGCCCGGUCCCGCCGUGCCUCUCUGUAAAGUAGUCGUGUCUUAUGUC